UCUUUGUCGAUGCCACUUCCUGAAGAGAGAAUCAAGAUAGGGCCAUUCUCUUUAGUGUUUGCCCUGUUCUCCCAAUGUCCACCUCCUCACCGCCCGCAUUUUGAUAUAAAAACAGCAUAGACUGACUCUUGAAACUGGCCCUUAACAAAAGCAAACGAUAGUAAAUCAACGUGUACUAUGGAGUAACUUAAAAACUGAACAAAAGGAACGAAGAGGCAGAGCUUACAGUCAGACCUGCUCAAUCAACAGUUCCUCCCACUUUGGCAUUCACCAUUGCUGCACUACAAAGUUCUUAUCUUGACCCUUAGCCUACGAUUGACCAAGCUAGACCAACGAGGAUGUCCCAGCUCCAGUUUCAGUGUCCGGCUAGCCCCAUGCCUGCUGCCUCUGCCCCACUGCAGCUGGGACAACCACAGCCUGGCUACAGCAUCCCCUGUGCCUCAGGCACCCUACCCUCGGAGAGCGCCAGCCAGCCCAUCAGGAGCUCCGCUCUCCCCGCGGGCUCAGCCACUCCCUACAAUACCACCUCAGUAUCUAACAUGGCAAACCCUAAAGAGAAGACCCCCAUGUGUUUGGUGAAUGAGAUGGCCCGUUUUAACAAGAUUCAACCGGAGUAUAAGCUGCUGUGUGAGCAAGGACCAGCUCACUCCAAGAUUUUCUCAGUUAGGCUCACACUGGGAGAUCAGCACUGGGAGGCAGAGGGGACCAGCAUCAAGAAAGCCCAGCAUUCCGCUGCUGCAUCGGCCCUUGCUGAGACAACACUUCCCAAGCCCACUGUGAGGACACCCCGCAACACAGGCAAGAACCCAGCAGAUGGCAUGACACAUACCAUGGAAUUAAAUGCACUAUGUAUGAAGCUUGGUAAAAAGCCUAUGUAUAAACCCAUCGACCCAUACCCGGGGAUGAGACCUCCAAACUUCAAUUACAACGUCCGAGCUCCAGGACCUUACCAGCGCUCUAUGCAACAGUACUAUUACCCAUUUCCUCCAGUGGGACCAAUGUUAUACCACAUGGAGCUUUCCAUCGGAGGCCAGCAGUUUAUUGGUAAGGGACGCACACGGCAGUUGGCCAAACAUGAGGCUGCUGCCAAGGCCCUGAAAGUCCUGCACAAGGAGCCAAUAUUGCAGCAGUUGCCAGUGAUGAAUGGGGAACCCGAGGAGGAGAACCUCAACAAAUCAGAAAUCAGUCAAGUGUUUGAAAUUGCACUGAAACGCAACUUACCUGUCAACUUUGAGGUUUUAAAAGAAGAAGGCCCUCCCCAUAUGAAGAGUUUUGUCGUGCGUGUUGCAGUUGGGGAGUUUACUGGAGAGGGCGAAGGAAAGAGUAAAAAGAUUGCCAAGAAGCUGGCAGCAGCAGCGGUGCUGGGGGAGUUGAAGAGGCUACCCCAUAUACCCAGUGUGGAAAAGACGCUGCCACGCAUCAAAAAGAAAACCAAAUCCAUCAUCAAGCUGCAGACCAGCCCAGAAUACGGCCAGGGGAUGAAUCCCAUCAGCCGCCUGGCUCAGAUCCAGCAGGCCAAGAAGGAGAAGGAACCGGAGUACAGCAUGGUGACAGAACGAGGUUUACCUCGGCGCAGAGAGUUCGUCAUGCAGGUGACAGUGUGCAGCCAGACUGCAGAGGGAAUGGGACCUAGUAAGAAGGUGGCCAAGAGGAACGCAGCAGAGAGAAUGCUGGAGCUCUUGGGAUAUAAAGUGCCUCAACCUCAGCCCCCUAAACCGGCACUCAAAACUGAUGAAAAGACCCCACUGAAAAAACCUGGUGAUGGGCGCAAAGUGACCUUCUUUGAACCUGGCUCUGUAGAGGAGGUGGCAUUGAGUUCCAAGGAAGAGGACUUCCGCCUGCCUUACUUGAGCCACCAGCAGCUACCUGCAGGUAUUCUGCCCAUGGUCCCUGAGGUGGCUCAAGCAGUCGGGGUCUGCCAAGCAUCCCAGGCCAAGGACUACAGUCGAACUGUACCCAACCCAGGCAAGGCCACGAUCACUGCCAUGAUUGCCAACGAGCUGCUUUAUGCAGGGACAUCACUGACUGCUGAGACUAUCCUAAAGAACAAAAAUAAUCUGAACCAACUGCCCCACGGACCCCUCACCAGGCCUUCAGAACAGCUGAGCUUUCUUGCAUCGGUGCAGAACCUGCAGGUGGAAUACAAAGAUUUCCCCAAAAACAAUAAGAAUGAGUUUGUGUCACUAAUAAACUGCUCCUCCCACCCACCGCUCAUCAGUCAUGGGAUUGGGAAAGAUGUAGAAUCCUGUCACGAUAUGGCUGCAUUGAAUAUACUAAAGUUGCUCUCGGAGUUGGACCAGCAGUUACAUGAAAGGACAGGGAAUGGACCCAUCUCUCGGUGUGGCAAGCAGGAAAUCGACGGUGACUUGCACCUCAAACAGGCUAACUCAAGCACAUUGACACAGACCCUGGAUGGCGCUGUUUAGAUCAUCAGGUUUGGUUGUCUGUAAAAGCACUAGAGAAAACUCAGACACUGUGUUCUUAGUUUUAGAAGGCUACAGGAAGCUUUGGCCACUGUAGGCUCUAAACCAUCACUGUUUCAUAUUCAUCGUUCCAAAAUGUUCACAGUUAAACAAGAUUGAUAGGAAAAAAAUAUAUAGCUUCUUCCCCUUGAUGUUGUUUAAUUGUUCACAGUAUUUAUUUUGUUGCUUAGUAGAAGAAGUAGCUGCAUCCUAGUCAAUGAGUUGGGAGUUUACUUGUGGUGGUGGUGGGGGGGAGAAGCGAUUAACUGUGAAUUCUGUUCUGUUUUGCCUAGAACUCGUUUCCUCUCUGUGAGACCUUCUUAUUCUUGUUUUUAAGUCUUUUACGUUUUAUCCUCUGCUGAGGUGGUUCAUUGAACAGGUUUGGACCCCAUCUUUUUGUCUAGGGUGCAGCUGGCGAACCUCUGUUGAUUUUCCUAGAGUGCUUUAUAUCAACAACCACAAGUGAAGUGUUAUUGACAUUACCAUGUAGGGCUGGGAAAAAACUUGUGACUAAAUGUAGCGUGUGAUGUAAUGUGACAUUGUCUCUGCUGUGUGUGGCAGAGACAUUUCCCUGUUGCGUCAGUUUCCCUGAUACUCCCUUUUCCUCCCUUAUGUCAACCUCCCAUCUCUCUCUCCGCUCCCCAUGGUAAUUAAAGUUACGUGCUUACUUGCACAAAACAAA